AUGUUAAAAACAUUAAAUACAUAUGAUCAUGAUUUAUCAAUUCAAUGGGCUUUAUGUGGUCGAUUGACAUCUCCAUAUCUUUAUUUAAGAAAAUUUAUUAUUGUUUUAGAAUUUUCUGGUUCCGGUUAUGUAUGGAUUCCUUAUUCAAUUAUUAUGAUUGCAAUUAAUUAUCCAUUAAUAACUGAAGCUAUGCGUUAUAUUUUACUAUUUACUGGACUUAUGUUUGAUAUUGCUGUUAUUGGUACAACCAAAUGGUUUGUACGUCGUCCAAGACCAAUGAUUAAUCAUGAUGAUGUUCUUUCAAUAGGACCAGAUAAAUUUUCUUUUCCAAGUGGUUUAGUUAUUAUAAGUUGGUUAAGUGCUGUAGUUGCAUCACGUGUUUUAUUAGGACGUCAUUAUAUAUCAGAUGUUUUAGCUGGAGUUUUAUUUGGAAUUUUUGAAUGUGCAGCUAUUGUACGUCUUUCACCUUUUAAUGAUGAACAUCAACAAGUUCAAGCAAAUUGUCAAAAUGAUACAUCACAAUCAAAAUUUGUAUAUCGACGUGUUUGUUAUUUUGCUAAUUGGGCAGCUAAACGAACUGAUAAUAUAAGUCAUUUAAUUCCCGAAGAUAUUGAUCCAUUUUUAUGUACACAUAUUAAUUUUGCCUUUGGUAAAGUACUCGAAAGUUUAAUAUUAGCACCAUAUGAAGAAGAUGAUUUAAAAGGAUGGACUCUAAAUUCAAAAGGCAUGUAUGAACGUUUAUUAACACUUAAAGAAAUCAAUCCUGAUCUACGUGUUUUAUUGAGUGUUGGAGGAUGGACACAUGCAUCACGUGGAUUUAAUGAUGUAUCAAAAAAUGAUGCUAAUAUAAAAACUUUUGUCAAUAAUAGUAUAAAAUUUUUACGAGAUAAUAAAUUUGAUGGAUUAGAUUUAGAUUGGGAAUAUCCAGGUGCAAAAGAUCAAGGUGCAGAACCUCAUUCUAAAACUGGAUAUACGAAAUUAGUCAAGAAAUUGAGUGAAAUGUUUCAAGAAGAAGCUACACAAACAGGAAAAGAAAGAUUAUUACUAACAUGUGCUACAGCUGCAGCACGACAUCGAAUUGAAGCUGGUUAUGAAGUUAAAAAAGUUUGCAAAUAUUUUGAUUUUGUAUCUGUAAUGACUUAUGAUUAUCAUGGUAGUUGGGAAGGUAAAACUGGACAUAAUAGUCCUUUAUAUGGAAUGCGUAAAGAAAGAAAAAAAUUUCGUGAAUGGAAUAUAAAUAGUUCAAUGAAUGUAUGGGUUGAAUUAGGUUGUUCAAAAGAAAAACUUAAUAUUGGUCUUUCAGCUUAUGGAAGAGCUUUUUCAUUACUUCGAGAACCAGGUAUAACUAAUAAUAAAUCGAUGCGAAAGAAAAAAUCAUCGAUUGGAUUAAAAGCAGGUGCUGCUGAACCUGGAAAAUAUACACGAGAAGCAGGUGUUUUGUCUUAUUAUGAAAUUUGUGAAUUGAUUCAAAAAAAUCCAAGUAAUCGUGUCUAUUGGCAUCGUGAAAUGAGUGUUCCAUAUGUAUCAAGUAAAACAUUAUGGAUUGGUUAUGAUAAUAUUCGAAGUGUUACAUUAAAAAUGCAAUUUUUAAAAGAACAUGGUUAUGGCGGUGUAAUUAUGUGGUCAUUAGAUCUCGAUGAUAAGACAGGUGAAUUUUGUAAUGAAGGUUCAUUUCCAAUAUUCAAUGCAGCUAAAAAUGAACUAUUAAUUUUACCUGAUUAUUUAUCUAAUUUAAAUGAAAAAUGUUUUGAUAAUAAUACAUUAUCAAUUGAACAGUUUGAUUCUCAAUCGACAAUAAUAGGAGCAAUAAAUCUAAAUUUUUUCUUUUGUUUUUUACUUGAUAUUAUUAUAUAUAUUUGA